AUGAACGGCCAAGGAAGAGACAGAGAACGGCAGCAGAUCGCACUCGAGGAGAUCGACCUCGAGAUAUCCAUCCGUCAACGCAUUGCCGAAGCCAUCCACUCCCGCCUCACAUGGGCGACGCUGCUACGACAGUCCCUGCAGCACACUAGUCUCGGCCAAGGGUCGGAAGACUUCCGCGUGGCCUCUCUUGAUGCCCUCGGUGCAAUCGAAGCUCCUUGUGAUCCUAUCUUCAGCCGCGAGAACAGGCUAGCCCUCCCACUCCCGCCUCCCAAUACUCCUCCCCCGCCCGCUGCUCCGCCCGAGCCUCCCCAGAAUCUCACUCGCUCCACACGUACCCGCGGAGUCUCCCGCGUCCCUCCCCCACCGCCCAAACGCCUUCUCUUCCUCCGCAACUCCACCACAUCCCCUCCAGAAAUCGCCAAGCUCGCCUGCCCCCAAUGCGCCCGCUUCGACUUCUCCACCCUCCAGGGCCUGCUCAACCAUUGCCGGCUCCGCCACCAGCUCGAGUACGGCAGCCACGACGAGUGCGUCCAGCGCUGCGCCGUCCUCGUUCCGGAGGAGGAGCGCGAAUGGGUCGUACAAAACGGCAUCGAGGUCGCGGGCAUCUCCCUCCCCAGUCUUCGCAGGCUGUUUGAGAUCGCGGUGGGUGCGGGCGACAGCGCUAGGCUCCCCCCUCUCCCAGGGUCAAGCAAGUCCGCGGCGCCUGCCCAGCCUCCAGCCCAGUCAGACGUCAACGACGAGCCUGGUGCGCCGUCCGCCCCCGACGUGCGCGACGACGCCGCAGCGCUUUCGACGACCGUCACGCGGACAUUGGGCUACCAUGCUGACACGCCUGCUCUGGCGCACUUUUUGGGACGUGCGCCGAAGAAACGACAGAUCCACGUACGGGCGAAAGAGGACGAUCCGGUGGACAUCGAGGAUGUGUCUGCUGGUUCUGGGUUGCAGCCCAGGCGCAGGUGGCGCAAGCGGUACGUCCACCGCAACGUCGCUCGCAGAGAGCUAGACGAGGUCGUCCCCCUGUCGGAGCUGCAGACAAAUGCGAUCGACGAGAGUGUGCACGGGCAUGAGGCGCAGGGUCCGCAGGCCGAAGGGCACCCGUCGAGUCUCCACACGCUCGCGGGCACGCGUUUCCAUAUUGCUGCCCGCGUGCAGGUAGCAGACCACAGUCUCUACAUCCCUCCCGCUAGGCGGCCCCCCGACCAUCCCGACCACACCCACCGCUGGCGUCUCACCGUCACCGCCCCAUCAUACUCCCUUCCUAUCUCCGCCGUCCUCAGCACGCUCACCGUCACAUCCGCGACGGACCCCCCGCCCCCGCCCCUCGCGCGGCCCGUCACGCUCUCCGCGCCGCCGUUCGUCGUGACGGGCACGGCGGACCGGCCGUUCCUCGCCCGCCUCGCGUUCGCGUGGGCGGGCACGAUGAACCCCGUGACGGAGGUCGAGCAUUGGGUCGAGCUCGACCCGAUGCAAUACGCGACGCCGCAGCUCGGGGAGGAGCAGGUGUUCGAUGUCGAGCUAGAUCGGCGCACGGAGCUGCCGCCUGUCCGCGAGGACGCGGGGGAGGCGGAGUGGGACAUAUGGGACGCGCGAUCGCCUGUGCCCCAGGGAGCCGAUGACAGGCAGGAGCAGGAGCAAGAGGAGGAACCGGCACCGGAAUGGGUUGCGAAACUGAAGUCCCUCCUGCCGAGAUUCCCUAUGACGAUGCGAGAUACCAAGGGCCGAAGCUUCACAGGCGGCGACAAGCUACCAUACACGCUCGUCUCCACCCCGGCCCAGUUCCUCAGCCUCCAUUAUGGCAGGCGGAAGGCAAUUGAGAUGGGCCGAGCUCGAGCGUUGCGCGAAGCGUACAUCCAGCUCGUUUCCCAGAAGCCAUCGUCAUCUGAAGCGCAGCCCGGCACAGACGCCGCCGAGCCACCACCCAACUCCAGCUCUGCCUCCGCUUUCCCGCUUCAGCAGCUAUCGACCGUCGACGUGUUCCGCUGGCUCGAAGACGAGGGCCUAUUACCCCGCAACAGCAGCAAAGCAGCGGGCCCCCUCGUCGACUUCCACACGAGGAGCCGGUCGUCGCGAAGGACGCGGGACGAGGCUGAGCCGCCGCCAACGCUGUCGCCCGCGUACUGUCGCGCGUGCGGGCUCGAGCGCGCGCAGCACCCCACCGCUGCCGACUUCGCGCCAGGCACUGUAGUGGACGGACCUGGUGCUUCCCCGCUUCCGAUCGCGACGGCGCGCGGUGCCGCGACGCAUGGCCUCGCGGUGUGCACGACGUUUCAGGAGAGGACGAGACCGCUUGUGGUCGACGUGGCCACCCUUCUCGGACGGCGCUUAGGGGAAGGGGAGGAUAUGGGAGAGACGCCAUAUGGCUUGCAUCCCACGAUUUUCACGCCGCGCGCGAUCAAGAAGGAAGAGGAAGAAGAGGAAGAGGCACAGGGAGGACGUUCAUCCUCGCGCUCAGCUGUCCAUCUCUUCCCAGCGUCGGGUCCGCGGGCGGCGACAGCAACGGAGAUGAAUGCGGCGCUAGUGGAGGUGGCGGACCCGCGGCUUGUCGUUGCGAUCCGCGGUAUGACGGGCCUGCCGUUUGCGCGCAAUAUCCCAGCCCAACGACUGCCGCGACCCGAAACCCGCCGCAAGACGCAAGACGAGCACCAUGAAGACGACGACGACGAAAGCGAGCUGUCGUCAUCUGCCUCUUUAUUAGGCCCGAUCCAUUUAGCGUCAUUGAACAGGCUCGGGGUAACGGAUGAGCCACGGGAGGCCCUGAACGCGCGCCUCGCGCCAUCCGCCCUGCUCGCCGUCGCGCUGCGCUCGCUCGUGAGUCAGCUGGUGCAACGGGGCGUGGAUGCGUUCCGUCGCGACGAGGCUGCCCUUCGCGACCAAGGCGUCGGAUUCGCAGCGCGUCACGAACGCAUGCGUCGCAACGCCACAGAGGCUGGCAAUAGUAUCAGUCGCGUGCUCACGCCUGCCCAUGUCCUUGGCGGAGUUGCGCGUCAUGCGCGGACCGGGGUGGCUGAUAGCGCACUGUUCCUCGUCUGCGCUACGUUGGGCGAUGCACGCCCGAAAUCUUCUUCAACGCGCCUUGAGGCCACCGGCACAGACGUUGGGGGCGUUCGCCGUUGUAUAGUCGGAGCGCAAGACGCGGAUGGGGACGCACCCACCAGUGCAGACAUACUUGGAUUCCCGCUAGCGUCGGCGGUCGUCAGGGCAGAAGAGGCUCGGGUUCAUUAUAGACGUGAUGAUGGAAGCCCGGUCGCCCUGCUGCGAGCGCAGGAGGUGGACAGAAGGGACCGGGCGAACGGAGGCGCAGAUAUUCUGGACGCGGGGGAGAAGGAUUGUUGCACGAUGGGGGUGCUCUCGGGGGAAGAUUUGCCGGAGGACGGUAUGAGAGGCGCCGAGGCUGGGAGUGUCAUCGUGAAGGCGGAAAUAGUCGAGGAGUGAUUUGUGUAUCGCAUCCGGACCGCAAACGCCAUCGUCAGUCGGACCCGGUGCUCGAGGAUCUGUCCGAAACUGCCUGGAGCUUCUCCAAUUUGCCCAGCGCAGAUCUCUUAUCUGACCUGUGAGACCACGCGAAGCGGUCCCGGAUUAGGUGAUCAGGACGGCGCAGCCCGAUGAAUCGUGAGGGCAUUGGUUCUGGAAGAGGUCGCGCUGCGAUGGCAGCUGGAAAAUCGUUCCGGGUUCUUUGUUGAGUGGGAACAAGCCCAGCCGGCUCAUCCCCGAGCAUAUGCAUGGCCAGACGCUCCUUCUCCAUCUGGGCCUCAUCUUCCAUCCGUCGCCCCGUUCCUGGUCGUAAGUUUGAUACCUUCUCCCCCCGGCGCAGAGGUUGCAUACGUCGGUCUCUAUCGGGCGCGGACCUACCAUUCGCCCCGGAUACCUAGCUUGGAGGAAGCACCCCACAUUCUUUCUUAUUUAUC